GCUGUGCUCAUACACACAUACACUCUUCAACCAAUACAUUCACAUACUCUCAUACUCACAAUCUGCAGCCGCAGACAUACACCACGACACACAUACAGACACUUUGAGUUCAUAUCAGAGGCGGCUGCAGACACUUUCACUUUACAUGCACUUAUUUCUCUUUUAGAAAUCCAAAAAAAGGAAAAUGAGGACAGUUGUAUUUUGCGUUUGUGCCGGUCUCCUGCUCACAGCCACGUUGGUGCCGCACACCAUCCGGGCGGCGGACUUCCCCAUCAACUCACACCAGAGACGGGACGCGAAAGGACCCUAUUCUUCAGGAUCUGAAUCUGGCACGACUCCCACCUCCUGCCCCAUUAAACUGAGACCCUCGGGCCAGUGCGGGAGCUCCGGGGUCGGGGCAGAAGAGGGGGAGGACUGCCCUUACCAGCUCACCCUGCCUCCCCUCACCAUCCAGCUGCCCAAGCAGUUCAGGCUGCUGGAGAAGACGAUGAAGGAGCUGCAGAGUCUGAAGGAGGUCGUCAACAAGCUGAAAAGCGGGUGCCAGGAGUGCCGCGGGGCGCGGGGCAACGGAGCGUUCGGACAUCAGCAAGCUGACCAGGGACACGUCCCCGUUCAGAAGGAUGCUGAGGCGGGAGUGAAGCUGGACCUGAAAGGUGGCUCGAGCCAAGAGAGGGGAGAUGGGAUGGUCCCUGGAGCUACCGUGGACCUUGCUGGAGUGGGGCAGGGUUCUAUUUUUGGGAAAAUUGCACCGAGCCCGAGCAGUAUGCAGGAGAUGCAGGUGAAGCUGAAUAAGAUGUCAGCCAGCCUGCGCAACGCGAGGAACCAGAUCUCGGCCGUGCAGGGGCGUCUCGAGGGGCUCAACCUGCUCAACAUGGACAACGUGCAGGCUAUGGUUGAUAGGCGGGUGGAGAAUAUCACCGGCGUGGUCAACAAACUCAGCUCCACAUGCACCAACCAGUGUGCAGUGCAGAACACCCCUCAGUUCAUCUUAGCCCCUCGGGAUUGUUCCGACUACAAUGUGCUGGAGGUGAGGAAGAACGGCGUGUAUCGGGUGACCCCUGAUCCCCGCAACGGCACAUUUGAGGUGUUCUGUGACAUGGAGUCCUUUGGAGGUGGAUGGACCAUGAUACAGCAACGGCUCGAUGGGUCCGUCAGCUUCAACCGCACCUGGGCCGAGUAUAAGAAAGGCUUCGGGAACCUGAGAAGUGAGUUCUGGCUGGGCAACGACCACAUCCACUUGAUGACCAAAGCCAAAGACAUGGUGCUGCGCAUCGAGCUGGAGGACUUUGAGGGCGUCCGGGAGUAUGCAAAGUACGACCAGUUCUACGUGGCCAGUGAAUUCCUUCGCUACCGGCUGUCCAUCAGUGGAUACAGCGGGACAGCUGGGAACGCGAUAAGUUUCAACAAGCACUUCAACCACGACCAGAAGUUUUUCUCCACGCACGACCGAGACAACGACAUGUACCCCUCCGGGAACUGCGGCGCCUACUACAGCUCCGGCUGGUGGUUCGACGCCUGCAUGUCCGCCAACCUCAACGGGAAGUACUAUCACAAGAGGUACAAGGGCGUGAGGAACGGGAUCUUCUGGGGAACAUGGCACAACAUGUCGUCAGAGUACUACCCGACUAACUACAGGCAGGCCUUCAAAACUGUCAAGAUAAUGAUGCGGCCCAAGAACUAUGCUCCUUAAGAGGACAGGUGAUUAUUAAUAUAGACAGACAGAUAGAUGGACGAACACACACAAAGUCAGAAAAAUGGAUGAACAAGUAGACUCAGAAACUCACGCACACGAGAAUAGCCGAGCAUUCGCACACAUUUACACAUGCAUACGUGUACACCGAAAAAUUAUUUACGCCCUUUAGACCAUUUGAAUGCAUUCACAAUCAAAGUAAUUGAGACAAAAAAUGUAAUCGUGAUAGUACUUAUUUCCACUGCAGUGAGUGUGGCCUUCCAAAUGUUGGAUUGCAAUGAUGAUAUGAAAGAACAAUGGACUAUGAAUGAUGAUGGACUAAUAUUAAAAUAAAAUAAAACACAUGCAGUGUAAAAGCCGGCCUCUCGCAGGGGCUAUAAUAUUAUACGGAGGGUUUACGGUGAACUAUUUCCCACUGUUUCCCCAUUUCUCCACUCGGUGUCCUGCUGCCUUCUGCUAUAAACCCCGCUGAGACACAGCACAGCACACAGUCGUAGUAAAAACUAAUGAGCUGUCAUUUUCUCUGCUCUAAAUGGUUUCAUAAUUUACAGCAGUCACUCAAGUGAGGGAUACGAGAGCUGACGAUACAGUUUUGAGUGGCUCUGAAAUUCAUUGUAAAACGACUUCACGCUUUGGUCAGUCACUACAGGAAGUAAUAUAUACGACACACUUUGGGCAGCAGCUCACCAGUAAUGGCUUCUCUGACGUUUGUUUAAUCACACUUUGGGGCACUUUGCUAAAAUACUGUCAUCCUGUACAUUAUAAAACAUCUCAGUAUGACAAUGCAGACUGAGAUACAUUUCUAUUGGAUCAUUUCCAAGUACAUUCUGCAUUAUUGAGUAGAUUCUUCUUGACAGCAGCCGCGAAGCUGGACACUGCUGCAAGAAAAACUGUUCCAAUUGUAUUUCCAUCAUUAUCUCUAGCAGCACUGAACUACUGCUCAUCUCUGGACGUCAUGCACCAGUUUUCACAUAACAAUCACCACUUGUACAAUACUGCCACCUAGUGUUAGAAAACUGUAUAGCGUCAUUUAAUCCAUUUUCUACACACUGUGAAGGAUGGGGAAAGAAAUGCUUCACUUUGAGGACAUGUACAGUAUUUAUUUUAUUUUGUGAGGUAUGAUAGCUUUUAUAUAAUACUUAAGUGGCACAGUACAAGGUCUAAUGUAUUGACAUUUGAGCAAUGAUAAAGUGUGCAUUAUUGUGACCAUUUAUAGUAAUUAUGUGUGUAUUUGGAGCUUUGUCUGUACAAUAUUGAUCUUUUCUAUCAUUCAUAUUCCACCGUCAUGCCAAAAGAUAUGCACUUUUUAUAUUAAAAAAGUAAUAAAGUUCUAACUACA